GGUAGACAGUACUGACCAUUAUUAGAAUGAUUGUCUAUUGAAAGUUUAUCUACGUUAUCGGAUUAUUUUGAGUUUAUUUUCAGAAAUGCAAAACCUAAUAGGAAAAAUUCAUACAAAUUGUAUAUAUAUUAUUCUGUUAAUAUUAUUAUUUGAUGUUCAAAAUGGGUUAACUCAACUAAAUCCAUAUUUUCAAUUCAUACCAAAAAAUGAUAAUUUACAUACUAAAAUAUAUGAUUAUUCAAAAGGAUUUGAUGAAGAUCAUUUCACCUAUGAAUUACAAUAUCCGAUCCCAAUAUAUGAAACACUAAUUAAGAAAAUCACUAUCCGUAAAAAUGGUCUCCUAGCACUAGAUAGCAUUUCUGAUGAUAAUUUGCCAUCACAUUAUCCUGUCAAUACGAGUAUCACAAAUCAACGAUUACAAGAUUUUGAUGGACGAUAUUUAAGCAUUUUCAGUUCAGUGAAUGAUGGAAAAUGUGGAAGAAUUAGUGUCACGGAAAUCGAUUUACUAUCACCUUCAAAACUACCAUGUGUAGAGAGAAUGCAAAUAGAUCGUCUAAUAAAGUUUAUACAUUUAUCAUAUAUCGAAGAAUCUGAAUUAAAAGCUCAGUAUAUUGUACAUAUACUGUGGGAAAACAUGACAAACGCUUACCUAAUCAACCAGAAAGCUAAUACGUAUGGAAUGAUAAUAAUUUCUAAUGGAAUACGUUCUUACGCUUUCAUGCAAUACAUAAAAAUUGAGUGGAAUGAAAAUGAUGUCGCAGAGAAUCUAGCUUUACCACCUGAAUCUGGUAUAUUUAUGAGACCUUUUGGAGGUUAUCAGUUGCCAAGAAGUUCUCAAGCUGUAGAACCAAAUAUAUGGUUAACUGAAACAAACAUAGCCCUACAUGGAGAAUGGCUUGUUCCUUUAUACAAAUCGGAAAAUAUAGCUAAAAUAAAUGUUAAGAAUUUAAGUGCAGUUGCCAGUGAAUUUGUUACAUCUUUGACAAGUGUUUGUGAGGGUUCACUUCAUUCACAUAAAUCAAAUAAUGAAACACCAUCUGAUACAGUCGUCAUUAAAAAUGUAAACAUUGACAAUACAUCAGAAGAGACGAUUGCUAGAACACAGAGUUUUAAAAGAGCUUUGGAAAGCUUUGAUGAUUAUGACCUUAACGUCUCAUCAAAUGACUAUAGUUAUGGAAUGACUGAAAAUGUACCAAAAGCUGCAUGGAAUAUCCUAAGUGAUGAAACUGAAUUCUCAGGUGUUGAUCCGAUUAAUCAAAAUGAAGUGAAUAUUCUACCAGAGAAUGAAACUGGGGAUAAUUUUUAUCAUGAGAGUAAUCAAUUUGUUGUUGAUAAUAAAGAGUACACACCCACAGACAGAAUUACGACACAAACUUACUAUCCUUUGGGUCGGUAUGAUGGAGAUGAGGAAAGGCAGGAGAUACAUGAACCUCUUAUUGUACCAGUCACUAUACACCCGUUGGGUGAUGACGAUGAUGGUGAAGAAGAUAUAAUCGAUAAUAAGGGAGAGUACAAAUCCGUGAAUGAAACGUUUUCAAAUAGUUUGGUGAAAUGUGAUGCCGUUAGUGAAUGUAAUAGUCAUAACACAGAAUGCUAUCGAGUUGACAACUCUGCCUGCUGUGUAUGCAGUGAUGGAUUUUACGGUGCAGGAGAUGCCAAGUGUUGGUCCGAAGUCAAUGAUCAUAAAUUUUCUUUUUCUGGUUCCCUAACCACACGCUUUGGUAUUGAGAAUACCAGUUCACCUCUGCUUAUCUAUCUGGAUAUUCAACAUGGUUCACUAAGACGCAGUUCUAGCGGAAUUCGUGGUGGCCGAACAAACGACAGAAUAUAUUCAACUAUGCGUUUAAUUACACCUGUAUUUCAUAUUUUAAAUUCAAUGGUUUCUAGUCCUUGUGAAAAUAUUCCAAAACGUGAACGUGUUUAUAAUCUUUUCACGUUAGGAAAUGGAUUACAACGUCCUUUCAAAGUGUUAUUCCAGUUUGAUAUUGAAAGAGUUGGGAAAUUUACAAUUCAAGCCGUACUUGAGCUACACGAUUUCACAACAGGAGCAUACGCCAGUGGUGUAAUACAGUUAGAGGCGUUCAGUACAGAAAGUUUAAACCUACUCGAUCAGUCUUAUAUAGAGGCUUACAGUGCUUCUGAUAAGCCAGAUAAAACGUAUUACGCUAAUUAUAAAAUUGAUGAUCAUGGACGUGUUGUAUUUCCUGAGCAAACUGUUAAAUUUAUUGUUGAGCAUCGUGACUCAAAUGAAAUAAGUAAUUUUCCUGAAGAAAUUAAUGUACGCUGGUCUGCUGUUGCUGAGUCAGAAAGUUGCUUGCUCAAACAAGUCAGCUCUAUACCUAGGGAUAAAUCGUAUUAUAUUCGUCUCAAAGAUCGUGGUUACUGUAGUGAGGAUUGUUCAUCACCAGAUGGCACAUGUAAUUUGUUCUGUGUAGACGAACCUUUAUUAUUAGCUACAGAACCAAGUCCUUGUGACUGUGUAACGUGUGAUCGUCAUGGUGAAGUGUGUCGACCAGAGGGCGCGAGUUAUAGAUGUGAAUGUGGUCAGGGCUUGAAGUUAAUGCCUGACAAUACAUGUCAAGCUACUUCAUUGGCGGAUGUAACUAACUAUCUCGGUGUACAGUGUGGUUCUGUCAAUUGUCAUACCCAUGCUCGUUGUAUUGAUCCAAAUCAAGCGUUUUGUCAAUGCUUACCUGGCUACAGAGGAGAUGGUGUUAGCCAUUGUGAAAGUGAUCCAUGUUCUAAAUGUCGUCGUAAUGAGAUUUGUGAAAAUGGUAUAUGUAUAGCAAGUGGUGUUGAUCUAUGCGAAGGGAUUCAGUGUGGAGAACAAGCGUUCUGUCAAGAUGGUGCUUGCGUUUGUACACCAGGUUAUACUGGCGACCCAGUUGUCAAAUGUUAUGAAGAAAGAGAUCGAUGUUUUCAAGUACGUUGUCAUCCAAAUGCACAAUGUUAUAAUAACGAAUGUCAUUGUGUAGAAGGUUUUCAAGGUGAUGGGUAUUAUGAUUGUAAGCCUGAAGUUUACGAUCCAUGCUCUGAGGUUAGGUGUCAUCCAUAUGCUAAAUGCAGAAAUGGUAAAUGUGAGUGUCUGCCUGACUAUUAUGGUGAUGGUUAUCAUGUUUGUAAACCACGUAAUUAUGAUCCAUGUGAUUAUGUUCAAUGUCACCAGUAUGGAUAUUGUAUUAAUGGUAGCUGUCAGUGUCGCACUGGAUUCGAAGGAAAUGGUUACUACGACUGUCGCCGUAUUCAAGUAGAUCCUUGUUCUCAUGUACAAUGUCAUUAUGAUGCCACAUGUCACAAUGGUGUUUGUACAUGUAAAGAUGGUUAUAUUGGUGAUGGUUAUAGAGAGUGUAGACCUAGAGAAACCGAUUUAUGUCAUCACAUUCAAUGUCAUCCAUAUGCACAGUGUGAAAAUGGACAGUGUCACUGUAUUGGAGGUUAUGUUGGUGAUGGAUAUUACGAUUGUCAUGUAAGAGAUCCUUGCACUGGUGUAAAAUGUCAUCAAUAUGGAGAGUGCAUCAGUGGACGAUGUCAUUGUCUUAGAGGAUACGAAGGUGAUGGGUAUUAUGAUUGUAGGCAAAAAGUUACUGAUCCAUGUUCAAAUGUUCAAUGUCAUCCUAAUGGUUAUUGUAGAAAUGGACGUUGUUUAUGUUUAAACGGUUAUGAAGGUGAUGGUUAUUAUGAAUGUCGUCCAGUUCAUAAUGAUCCUUGUAUAGGAGUGCAGUGUCAUUCUAAAGCAGAAUGUCAAAAUGGUUACUGUCGUUGCCUGAAUGGCUACGAAGGGGAUGGUUUUCAUUAUUGUUAUGCAAUGCAAGAUGAUCCGUGUUCUAGUAUGAGAUGUCAUAUAAACGCUAAAUGCUUUGAUGGUGAAUGCCGAUGUUUGGACGGCUAUCAGGGAGAUGGAAAACAUUAUUGUGAUCCUAUUCAGCAGGACCAGUGUCAAAAUAUUCGUUGUCAUGAGUUUGCAAACUGUCAAAAUGGUAGAUGUCAAUGUAAUGCAGGUUAUGAAGGAGAUGGUUACUGGGAAUGUAAAUCCAUAAAAAGUGACCAGUGUCAAAAUAUUCGUUGUCAUGAGUUUGCAAACUGUCAAAAUGGUAGAUGUCAAUGUAAUGCAGGUUAUGAAGGAGAUGGUUACUGGGAAUGUAAAUCCAUAAAAAGUGAUCCGUGUUCUAGUAUGAGAUGUCAUAUAAACGCUAAAUGCUUUGAUGGUGAAUGCCGAUGUUUGGACGGCUAUCAGGGAGAUGGAAAACAUUAUUGUGAUCCUAUUCAGCAGGACCAGUGUCAAAAUAUUCGUUGUCAUGAGUUUGCAAACUGUCAAAAUGGUAGAUGUCAAUGUAAUGCAGGUUAUGAAGGAGAUGGUUACUGGGAAUGUAAAUCCAUAAAAAGUGACCUUUGCAAGUAUGUUCGAUGUCAUGAAAAUGCAAAAUGCAAUGAACACGGUAAAUGUCAGUGUCUUGAUGGUUAUUCGGGAGAUGGAUACUAUGAAUGUCAGAAAAGUUCACAAGAGUUAUGCGCUGGUGUUCAAUGUCAUCGUUUUGGUCAAUGUUAUGAAAAUCGUUGCUACUGCAGUCAUGGAUACGUUGGGGAUGGGGUUAACUUUUGUGAUGCACGUGCAAACGAUCCAUGUGAUGGCGUUCGUUGUGCUGCUAAUGGACGUUGUCAAGAUGGUCGAUGCGUAUGUGAUCCUGGUUAUACAGGAGAUGGUUACAAUGAAUGUCGAGAAGCCGAGGGUGUGAAAUUGUGUGGUAAUGUACAAUGUCAUCAAUAUGCUACAUGUGAUAGAGGACAGUGUCGUUGUGUUACUGGUUAUGAUGGUGAUGGUUAUUCAGAUUGCCGACCAGUUACAGAAGAUAAGUGCUCACGAAUGAGAUGUCAUCCAGAUGCUCAGUGUACUGAUGGUUACUGUUUCUGUCCUGCUGGUUUCGAAGGAGACGGAUAUUAUGAGUGUAAACGAAUUACUCAAGAUCGCUGUGCGAAUGUUCGGUGUCAUGAAAAUGCUAAAUGUGACGACGGGUACUGUCGUUGCAAAGAAGGUUUUGAGGGUGAUGGCUACAGUGAGUGUAGACGUAAAAGUGAAGAUAGAGAUCCAUGUGCACGUAUUCGCUGUCAUCCCCAAGCUCAGUGUGAGUAUGGGUUUUGCCGCUGUAAAAAUGGUUAUAAAGGUGAUGGCUAUUGGAAUUGUCAACCUAUACAAAGUGAUCUAUGUCGGGCAGAACAAUGCCAUCAGUUCGCUAGAUGUGUUGAAGGUCAGUGCCGCUGUUCGGAUGGAUACGAAGGAGAUGGCUAUCAGAUGUGUAAUAUAAUACCUGGAGCAACUUCAGCAGAUUGUGGUAAUUGCAAUGGUAUACCUUUCAAAGAAAUAGCUCAGUGUGUUGGUGGGCGAUGUGUUUGUGCUCGUGGAUUUAUUGAAGUUCAGGCAGGUGUCUGUAUGGAAUGUGUGCAAGACAAUUGUCAUCAGGAUGCCGUCUGUCGACCGGAUGACAGGUUUAAUGGCGCCUAUUCAUGUCAUUGUAAAGCUGGUUUUACUGGAGAUGGAGUAUCUGUUUGCAAGCCUGAAAGUGUAGGUAGAGAAGAUGCCACAUCAUCACACGCCUUUGAUCCUACGUGCGGUGGAGGCUGUAGGAUACGAAAUGCGGAAUGUGAUCGAUAUACUGGAACAUGUAAAUGUCGAUCAGGUUAUGAUGGAGAUGGAGAGAGGGGUUGCUACUGGAAUUGUAAGCUGUGUCAUCCGAGUGCUAUUUGUGAUCGUGAAAACGAAAGAUGCAUUUGUCCAUCUGGUUAUCGUGGAGAUGGACAAACAUUUUGUGAACAAAUUCCAGUUAGGCAAGAUUCUAUAAAAGUUCGAAUAAUGGGAGAAGGAGAAGUAAUGAAUAUUACAGAUAUAUCUCAUCCGCUUGAAUUAAGAUGUUUCGUAACUGGAAGCGAUCAAUCAUAUUCCGGCCAGUGGAUUCAACCACAUUCCGCUCAAGAACCAAUAGUGACUAAAACUAGACAACAAGAUGGCUAUGAAAUUUCCCUGCGUAUAAAUCAACCUACAAUAACUGAUAGUGGAAGGUAUGAGUGCCGUGCAGGGAAUGUUGCUGCUUUCAUAGAUGUAAAUGUGGAAGAAUCAGCAAUUCCAUUCACUGUGCUACUUACAAGUGAUGAUGGGAUUUUAAUGACACAAUCUACCGAUUCAAAUGUAACCAAAGCUACUCUAUGGAAUAUUGCUGAAAAUAACAAAUAUGGACGUGUCUCCAUGGUCGGUGAUUGUAAUAGUCAACGAAUUAUAUAUACAUCUGAUUAUGGUCAUACUAUCCGAUGGGGUAGUUCAAACUCUGGACAAAAUAAAUUGGUGACAAAAGAAAUAUACACUUCACAAUUUAACCGAUUUCGCAAUUUGGCGGUAGAUUCAUUGUCUGGAAAUGUGUUUGCCUGGGAAGAGGCCUUUGGAAAAAUUAUGGUAUUCAAUCCAAAUAAACCAAAUAUUCAUUAUACACUUGAAAGUUUACAUAGCCUAACUUCAUCUGAACAACAGAAUUUCGCUGGGCUAGCUUUGCACUCCACAUUAGGUCUAAUGUACUGGGCAAUAUACACAGACGGUUGGAGACCGAAUGGUACAAUUCAAGUGGCUUCAAUGUCUGGUGAAAAUGAGGAGCAAUUAUUACAACUAACUGGUGAACCAUUGGCAAUUAGUAUAUCACCAGCAACGCCAGUUAAUGGUAAUUCCGCUGGAAAAUUAUGCUGGAUGCAAAGAUCUUCUAAAGGAAUGUUUGGAUUAGUCACUGAACUACAUUGUGCACGAUUAGGUCAAACAGGUAGAGAGAUAUUAACCAAUGAAAAGAUUAGAGAAUUCAGUCCUUCUGAAGAACCAUCUUUUGGUAUGACUCAAUAUAAAGGAACAUUAUUGUGGACAGAUGCUUCAAAGACAGUCUAUUACUCUAUCAAUCCUGAUCGCCGAAUACGUGUCCGUUAUGUCUGCUGUUCUAAUCGUUUCCAAGCCUUAUCAGUACUAGGUGAUUGUCCACAAGCUUCAACUAAUCCAUGCACUUAUUCUAAUGGACGAUGUCGUUAUAUAUGUUUACCAAAUGACGGUGGUAGAUCACGGACAUGUGUAUGUCCUGAUAAUGAACCUGGAUGUCAUAAAGAAAUGUGAAAUGUAUCAGUUAUAAUUUAAUGAAAUGAUAAAUUCAUUUUAUCCCAGUUCAUAUUUUUCAACUUUACAUUAACUUAAUUAUUUAUAUUACUGAUUUGUUAAAAAAAAAGGAAAAUUAAAAUUGAAUUCUCGAAUUUUCCUUCAAAAAAAAGGUGUUUUAUUUAGGAAAGCUUUAUUCUUGAAAUGUUAAUCUUUUUUCUAUUGUAUUACAUUUAAUUAUACUUGCAUGUUGUAUUUUAUUUUACUUAUCUAUGUGAAUUUGAAGAGUUACAAUUGAAAUAGGUUAUAUAUUAUCUAAUUAAUCUCAUUCGUCAACCUAAAAAUUGAUACACAUGAACUGAAUACUUCUCAUAGAAUUAGUUUGUUUUUGUUGUUGUGUGUGUGUGUGUAAUAUUUAAACUUUGAUGUUACUAUAUCCCAAUAAAUUAUAUUCAAUACUG